GCUCUCUCGAGCGUCUCUCUCUCUCUCUCUCUGCACACAGCCUUAUCGCGACUGUUCUUUUCUCUCCCUCACAGCCUAAAAUUAUUACCCGCCGUUCGCAGAGGGGAGUGGGCGGGGUUAAAGGGGCGGCGGCGGCAGGAGAAGAGAGGGAGCCGCUUCGCGCGCUGCUGCUGCUCCUCCGCGGAGCCCAACGGUCCCCUCAGCGAGCGCGCAAGGCCUCGUCCUUCUGCGCGUGCGCGGCCUCCUCCUCCUCCUGCUGCGCCUCCAUUGCUCGCAACCCGCCCUCGCUUCGCUGCAGUAGCGGCGGCGUUUGCAAGCCCUAACCGCAAGGCAAGGAUCACAAUAGCAGCCAUGUCGGCUUCGGCUACAGCUCCUGCUCCGGCGGAAACUGGGGGCGGCGGCGGCGGAGGAGGCGCCUCUGCAGCCGCUUCUGCUGCUGCUUCUGGGGAUAGGCAGCGCUCCGCUCCUUCCUCGGCCGCCGCCUCGGCUUCUUCCUCCGCUGCCGCCGCCUCCGCCACCGCUACGGCCAGCGCUCCGCUGAACGUGGAAGGCCUCGACCUGCUGGAGAAGUGCGCCGUGUGCCGGGAGCGGCUGCGCUCGGAGCGGGACCCGCGGCUCCUGCCUUGCCUCCACACCGUCUGCAAGGAGUGCAUCAAAGUGGAGCCCGCCUCCGGGAACAGCAAGGAUGGGCAAGUGGUUGACUGUCCUGUGUGCAAGCACCAGUGUUACCUAAAAGACAUAGUGGAGAACUACUUUCUGAGGGAUGGUGGCACAGAGUCUCUUGGAGAUGCUAGAGAUGCAAACCAGUGUUGCACCAGCUGCGAAGAUAAUGCCCCAGCCACAAGCUUCUGUGUGGAGUGCCAAGAGCCCCUCUGUGAGACCUGUGUGGAGGCUCAUCAGAGAGUGAAAUACACUAAGGACCACACUGUCCGGUCCACAGGCUCCUCCAAGUCUCAGGAGAGAGAGAAAGCUGUCUUCUGCCCUGUCCACAAGCAUGAACCGCUGGUGCUAUUUUGUGAUACAUGUGACACUCUAACCUGCCGAGAUUGUCAGUUGAAUGCACACAAGGAUCACCAGUAUCAGUUUUUGGAGGAUGCAGUGAAGAACCAACGCAAGAUGCUAGCCUCGUUGGUCAAGCGCUUGGGAGAUAAAAAUGCCAAUCUUCAAAAGUCAACCAAGGAAGUGCGCACCUCGAUCCGACAGGUGGCAGAUGUGCAGAAACGAGUGCAGGUGGAUGUAAAAAUGUCUAUUCUGCAAAUCAUGAAGGAGCUCAAUAAGCGGGCCAGGGUUCUGGUCAAUGAUGCACAGAAAGUCACUGAGAGCCAGCAGGAGAAGCUGGAAAGGCAGCACUGGGCAAUGACCAAGCUUCAACGCCAUCAGGAGCACAUCCUACGCUUUGCGAACUGGGCUCUGGAGAGUGACAACAAUACUGCCUUGCUGCUUUCAAAGAAGCUGAUAUAUUUUCAGCUGCACAGAGCUCUGAAAAUGAUUGUUGAUCCCGUGGAGCCCCAUGGAGAUAUGAAAUUCCAGUGGGAUUUAAACGCCUGGACCAAGAGUGCUGAGACAUUUGGUCAGAUUGUUUCGGAGCGCAGUGGUUUGCCUGUGACCUCCAAUGCCCAGCCGACCCAACAGCGGGCCAAUGCUGCUUCUGGUGGCGUGGCUGUUAGACAGGGCUCUGUUCCACCAUCUCAGGGUGUGCAGCAGAUGUCUCUGCAGACAAGUAUAAUGAAUAAGGGAGCUCUGCUUCAGCCUGUGCUGCCUUCCAACAGCCAGCGGCAGGCCAUCCCUGACUGCUAUAUCAAUGAUGCCAGUGCCUCUUCUGCUGGACAGCCAAUGGACAUCGGCGAUGGCUUUGGUGUAGAAGGAUCAUACUCUGGUGAAGUAUCUGGAACAAAAAGGUCCCGCGGCCAAGAUGGAGAUGGGACAAUACGCAAAGUGCCCCGUGUCAGUUUGGAGCGGUUGGAUGUGGACCUGACAUCAGACAAUCAGCCACCUAUUUUCAAAGUCAUGCAGCGCCCUACCACUGAGGAUUAUAAUAUCUAUGUGAUUGAACAGGGUGGCCCAGGUGCUGCCCAGCAAGGAGGACUGGCAGUGAAGGAGGAGCAGAUGGAAUCGGCUAUUGAACACCCAGGUUCAAUUCUGGAUGCUAAAGACACUAAGCCAAUUCUGCUCCAGGAUGCUCUUCUUCCAGAAGGCUCCUCAGUCCCCCGGGUCAUCUCGCCAAGUGGCAGCACCAGCUCUGCUAUGGAAAUGCAAUCUAUUCACAGCCAUGAUGGCACAGCCAAUGGAGAAAAAAAUGCUUGCUGUAGGAUCUGCUUGAAGGCUGGUUCUGUGGUCAUGUGUGAUGGCUGCAAGAAGUGCUAUCACCCAGAAUGUCAUCUGCCUGCCCUUCAGGAUGUUCCUAGCCAUGAUUGGAAAUGUCUUCUGUGUGAGGAUCCAGUGACAACGAUUGAAGAAGAUGGAAGUGACAUGACUACAGUCUUCAUAGAUGGGGAACCAAAGACGCUUUCAGAUGCUGACCAGAAGAGGUGUGAGCGAGUUCUUCUUGAAUUACUGUGUUUUGAGCCAUGCAGGCCUCUUCAUCAACUCUCCAGUGCUACGGAGGGACAGAACACAAUCGACCUGACCUUGAUCAGAGCCAAGCUGCAAUGGAAGCUGUCACCACCAUAUGCCUCUCCUGAUGAGUUUGCAGAUGAUGUCUGGAAGAUGGUCAAGCAAUUUAAUACACUGACAGAGAACAAGGAGGAUGUUCAGUCCAUCAUUGUUCUGCAGCGCUUCUUUGAAGCCAAGCUGAGUGCUGCCUUUGGGGACCGGAAGUUUCCAGCACUGCGUGAACCCAUCAAUGUGGAUGAGCCUCAGAAAGAAAGCACCCUUCUUCCCCGUGGUUCCCCACUCACUGAUCUUGGUGAGGCGGCUGCUUCUAAGCCUGAUGGGAGUGGUGGGGAUGAGGGAACUGCAACCUAAAAAGCUGCCACUUGUUAAAUGGACCAGCAUUCCAUGGAGGAGAGGAAAUGGAGGAGCCACCAUCUUGAAACUGCCCUCGCCUGUCCCUGCCCUCCACUCUUCUGGUCCCUCUUUAUUCCCUUUCACACCUCUCUGCCUUUUAUUUUGAGAGUUAUUGUAGAACUUGGCAGCUUAGAUAAUGGUUAUAAAAAUGGUCUAAACUGUUCUUUUUUUCUCCCAUCUUUGCUUGACAAAUUUUAUGCCCUUGUUCUGACAAAUACACUUUGUGUUUUUUGUAUUGAAAUGGAAAUUAAUAAAUUGAUAAAAUCCAGAACCCUGUACCCUGCUCUCCUUUUGGACUCCUUUCUUGUUCCUAGUGGUGGGAACAACAUAGUGAUUCCCUUCUCUGUUUUUAAUUCCACACCACCAAGAAGACACUUGCUGUGGCCCAGACACAAAAUUGGAUCUCCCAGAAUUACACUUGACCUUUGUCGGUCUCUAGUAGAUCACCACUGCUUCAAGAGUCAGGAUCUGAGAUUUCUGUCUUACAAUAAUAAAAAAGACCACUUUUUUGCAAUUAAUUUCUGGUCUUGGAUGCCAAGUUACCUGGGCAUCUGUCAAGUGCAACAACUUGAGGGCCUCUGUGACAGCUGUUUUCUAAGGUGGUGGUUACAUUUUAAAAUCUCUUCAUGUUUCCAGAUAAGGCUCAUUGCAUUUCAUUCAGUUUGUUCAAGAGGAGACAUGUCUGUUUUCAUAGGUCAGAGUAGUUGUAAGUUUUAAAAUCUGUCCCUUUCGUGUAGCCAUCCUUUUUGGCUGUACGUUAUCUUCAAAUGCUUUCUGGCCCAGUAGCUUAAUCUUCACUAUCCCAAGAGCCAUUCUCAUAGAAAUGUCCUUUUUUGGCUUAUGUAUAUUUUAGACUUUGCUUCUUUCAUGUUCAAGAAAUAAACAAUGUUUGCAACGUG